AUGUCGUCCCGCCCGGAGAACAUCGGCAUCAAGGCCAUUGAGAUUUACUUCCCUAGCCAGUAUGUCGAGCAGGCCGAGCUCGAGAAGUUUGACGGUGUCAGCACCGGCAAGUACACCAUUGGCCUCGGCCAGACCAACAUGAGCUUCUGCGACGACCGCGAGGACAUCUACUCCUUCGCUCUGACGGUUACCAAGAACCUGAUCGAGAAGUACAAGAUCGACACCAACAACAUUGGCCGCCUCGAGGUCGGCACGGAGACCAUGCUCGACAAGUCCAAGUCUGUCAAGUCCGUGCUCAUGCAGCUGUUCGGCGACAACACCAACAUUGAGGGUGUCGACACCGUCAACGCCUGCUACGGCGGCACCAACGCCGUUUUCAACGCCAUCAACUGGGUCGAGUCCAGCGGCUGGGACGGCCGUGACGCUAUUGUCGUUGCUGGUGACAUUGCCCUCUACGCCAAGGGCAACGCCCGCCCCUCGGGUGGUGCGGGUGCCGUCGCCAUGCUCAUUGGCCCCAACGCGCCCGUCGUGAUCGAGCCCGGUCUGCGCGGCACCUACAUGUCGCACGUCUACGACUUCUACAAGCCCGACCUGACCAGCGAGUACCCCUACGUUGAUGGCCACUACUCCCUCACCUGCUACACUCGCGCCCUGGACGCCUCGUACCGUGCCUACAACGCCCGCGAGCAGACCGUCCUGGCCCGCGCCAACGGUACCAACGGCCACAGCAACGGCGAGGCCACCGAUGCGUCCAAGGCGCCCCUCGACCGCUUCGACUACGUUGCUUUCCACGCGCCCACCUGCAAGCUGGUCGCCAAGUCGUACGCCCGUCUGCUGUACAACGACUACCUGGCCAACCCCGACAAUGCACAGUUUGCCGAGGUGCCCGCUGACCUGCGCGACAUGCCGUACGAGAAGUCGCUGACCGACAAGGUCGUCGAGAAGACCUUCAUGGGCCUCACCAAGAAGCGCUUCCAGGAGCGCGUCAACAGCGGCCUCCAGGUCGCCACCAAUGUCGGCAACAUGUACUGCGCCAGUGUCUGGGGUGGUCUGGCUGGCAUCCUGAGCCACAACGAGUCGUCUGCUCUGCAGGGCAAGCGCAUUGGCCUUUUCAGCUACGGCUCCGGUUUGGCUGCCAGCUUCUGCUCGUUCCGCAUCAACGGCAGCACCGAGGAGAUCUUCAAGACGCUCGACAUCCCGGCCCGCCUCGCCGCCCGCAAGGCCGUCCCCCCUGCCACCUACGAUGCUCUCUGCGAUCUGCGCAAGAAGGCCCACCUCCAGAAGAACUAUACACCCGAAGGCCAGGUCGCUGACAUUGCCAGCGGCGUCUACUAUCUGGAGAACAUCAACGACAUGUUCCAGCGCACCUACUCGAUCAAGGCAUAA